AUGCAGGCGGCACUGCAGCAGCAGCAGCAGCUCGCGCAGCAGCAGCAGCUGCUGCAGCAGCACGCCGCUGCCCCCCGCCAGCUGGUCCUCUCAGAAACCACUCGGCCUCUCAGCAGCAACGAUUCCCGUCCAGAUCCUUUGCCUGUUCUAGUUCAACACUCUUCUUCCCUCGUUGCUGCGCAGCCCGUUGGCCGCCUCAUUCCCACGAACGUCAGGCCCCCCCAGUGUCUUGCUGCUGCAGCACCUCUGUACAACAAAGCAGCAGAAGAGUUGUGCCGCUCGCUGAAGGCAAUUGGCUGCUUCUCCGUCAGCAACUCUGUGGCAGCUUCCUUGAGCAGAGAGGCAAGAAGAGUUCAACUGCUUGCAAAAUCGAAGAAGCAGCAGCAAGAGAAGUCGCAGCAGGAGGCCGCAGCAGCAGCAGCAGCUGCUGCUGCUGCGGCGGCGGCGCGGGAGCAGGAGCAGCAGCGGCAGCAGGAAGAAGCCAGGAAGCAGCAGGAAGCAGCAGCAGCAGCAGCAGCAGCAAGACAAAAGCUGCAAGAAAUCGAUGCUUCUCAUUUGCUGUGUCUUGCUGGGCCAUCUCCCGCGCAGCUGAAACAGCAAAGAGCGCGGAGAGCAGCACUGCAGGCGCAGCAGCAGCAGCAGCAGCUCCUGUGGCAGCAGCAGCAGCAGCAGCAGCAAAUGCUGCAGCAGCAGCAGCAUAUCGAGCAGCAGCAGCAGCAAGACUUCUUCAUGCAGCAGCAAAUGCUCUACCCAUCAGAGGAACAAUGGAACAACCAACAAGAAUCCUAUUACAGCUACUCCUCUUUUGACUCCCAACAGCAGCACCAGCAGCAGCAACAGCAGCAGCUGCAGCAGCAGCAGCAAAUGGACCGCGAUGCCUUGCGGCAGCAGAUUCUGCUGCAGGAAGAGAGGAUCGCUCAGCUUCAGCAGCAGCUAAUGGAGCACCAGCAGGCCCGAGAGCAGCGGCGAGCAGCAGCAGCAGCAGCAGCACCAGCAGCGGAUGAGGCGUACACCAGCCACGACAGCAGCAGCAGCAGCAGCAGCAGCAGCCCCUUGAGGAGCUCUUCUGCUGCUUCUUUCCUCAGCAGCAAAAUGCCGCAGCAGCAAAACAGAUUUGCCAGCGAUUCAGCAGAAGAUGGAAAACAACUCAGGAGAGACAAAGACAAAGCAAGCCUAAACCCCAAACCCUAA